CUUCCAGCGGACGAAAUGUUCCGCGUUGACUGGCAGACUGUUCAGAUAGGAGUUCCGUUUAGCUCUGUCAUCGCAAACAACCGCGUUUACUGUUUGACUGAUCAAAACAUAUAUUCGGUUCUCAGUUCCUCCACGGGCGAUGUUUUGUAUAGAUAUCAGUCGGCCACGCCUAUAGACGAGGAUUCGAUAUUGUGUCCUGCCUGGGAUGGAAUUGUCGUGACCGGAAUGAACCACGGGCUGUUGUCGCGCGUUAUAUUCUGGACUAUCGACGGCCUAAUUGAACACGAAUUCGAGACCGGCAGUAUUGCUGGAAUUCACAACAUACGCGAUGAGUCGCUUCUCAUUGUCCAUAAGGAUGGGUCUGUCACAGAAAUAGACAGAAAAUUGCAGCAGAGGCCUAUCGCAAGCGUUGGAGAUGUGGUGUCCAGCAAAAUUGCAUAUUUCGUCGAUCAGGUGGUGUUGAUCACGAAAAAUGAGUCUGAAGCAGUGUCUUACUGGGUUCUGGAAGGUGCGAGCGGCUCAUUGGUAUGCGAUUUCAGCCAGAUUUUACUGACAGAUGACGGGAUCGUGUGCAACAAAGACGUCUACAAGCUUGAAAAUGGCAAGCUCCAGAGACAGAAGAACACAAAAUUCGCUCCCGCUCUUGCCGGGUCCACACACGCGAGGGUUGCCAGCUCCCAGUUUCUUGUCACUGUCGGGGAAAAAGUGAAUAUUUACGACUUGGACGAGCCAACAAGCCCAAUUAGUUCCUUUUCGUUGGACUCGCGCCCCGACCUAUUCGAGGCCGCCACUAUUGGCGACUCGCUCAACGUGUUUGUGGUUUCUGGAAAUGACGUGCUGCUAUAUGCAGACGGCGAGUUGAAGUGGGCCAGAGACGAGUCAUUAGCCCAGAUCAAAGAUAUUGAAGUAAUCGACCGCCACGAAAGGCUGGCAGUCACCGCUGAAGAUUUCGAACGUGAAAAACACUGGUCCGGAUACGUUGGAAGAACAAAGCAUAACAUUCGUCUGCUGCUGGAUAGCGCACCGUCGGAAAGCGAUAAGCACUUUGGAUUUAACAAAACUAUUCUCGUCUUGACCACUAAUGGAAACAUCUAUGGCUUUGACAGCUACGGACACCAUGAAUGGAGCAUCAAAGGCCACGGAUUCACAAAAAUAUUCAAGGUAGACAACCAGGCAUAUGCGGUCAAUGACCACGUCUUCUGUGUCACAGACGGAAGGCUGUCUGAAACGGACGUUCAGCACGAAGCAGAAGCGCUAUACCCUCCGAACCUUGACACCUCCUACCGCCUGCUGCAGGCCGCCUCGAGAAGAUACAAUAACUCAGAAGUGGCAUCUCCAGCAGUUGUUCUGGAAAAUAGGAGAGCACUGUACAAAUACCUCAAUCCCUUCACGGCAGUGGCCGCAUUCUACAACGACGACGAGCGAGUCGUCAGGUUUGUGGUUUACAACAAAGCCACAAACCAAACAUACUCAUCGUUUACUCACAGGACGGAGAACCCGGAUUCUUUGAAGCUUUUUAUCGAAGAAAACUUUAUCAUAUUCACCACGACAGAGAAAAACGCAGAGACCAGCAUCUGUGGAGUCAUCGAGCUGUACGAGUCGCUCGUUCCCGAUAGAAGAUCGAAGGUUCCGGAGCAUCAGGUGCGGACCUACAUUUUGCCGGCCCCGGUGUCUGCCAUGACGAUCACACGAACCAAGCAUAACGUGAGCUCCAAAUGGGUCAUUGUUGCUUUGGAAUCGGGCGAAAUCGUUGCUCUCCCCCGGGCACUGGUCAAUGCCAGACGUCCUUUCAAUACCAGCAAGCAGAAGACUGAGCGUACACCUAUGAAAUAUCAGCCUGUUCUACCUUUGAAUCCCAAACUGACGUUGUCUCAUUAUAGAAAAAUCUUAGGAACCCAGAAACUGGUGUCUGUACCGACCGAGCUCGAGUCUACCACGCUGGUGGUGGGCAGCGGGACCGACCUCUUUGCGACGCUGGUGCGCCCGUCCAGCUCUUUCGACUCCAUGAAAGGCGAUUUCAACAAAAACGCUCUGAUGGCAACCAUGGCCUUGCUAGUCCUGUCGAUUCUUCUCGUGCGUCCUCUAGUAAGCCAAAAACGAGUCAAAGACACGUGGCAAACCAGAAUCUAGCGGUCUCUGCGUCUUCUGUCGGUCUUUCGUCCAAGCUCCAUGUCCUUACGACAGUCGGGACAGUACCAAAUCCCCUGUGGCGGCUCCUUCAGCCCCACACAGUCAUAGUGGAACCACUCGUACUUGCAAUCUGAGUUAUCACAUGCAAUCAUGUUUCCGUACGACACCUGUUGACAGAAGCAAUACAGCUCAUCUUCCUCGUUGUAGUUGUGGUUUGGCGCCUUUGGUAUGGUCACCGUACCAGAAGCACCGUGCUCUAGUAGAGAGUUCUUCUUCCGUGGCGCUCUUAUCAUCAUGUCAUCCAUCUCUAGAUCGCUCAACUCUUCAGAUGUCAUUCUAUUUCGAAUGCCGCCGAAGGAACUGGCGUAGUUGCUCACGUAGACGUUAGACGGCGUAGAGUGUCUUGAUUUGCGAGAAAGACGGCCUUUGCGGGUCAGCGAGCCCAUUGAAUCCAGCGACGCGCUCGAAAUUUGCGAGCUCAGCAUGUCCAGCAUGCCAUUUUCAGCGUCCUCCUCUUCAGAUGAUUCCUCGUUGAGAAUCGGAGGUACCACUCCUUCCUGUUCGAGCUUUUCGAUGUCGUUCUCCAGCUUGGUCAAAUGCUUGGCCAGCAGAAACAGCGCCGUGUUUGCUAAUACACACUUUUCCUCCUGAAGCUUGAUGCCUUUUUCAAAGUCUUCUCUGUUUUUCUGGUAUAUCUGGUCCUCCUUGGGAUGCUUCACCAACGAGCCUUGUUGUUUGAUCAACUUGAACAAUUGGUUAUCUCGUUGUCCUACGCGUUUCUUGAUAUCAUACAG